AUGGGUUUCCUUCUCCUUCCCCUGUUUUCUCAAUGGCUUAUUCUUCCCCUGUUUCUGGCCUUCACUCUCUUCUUCUCCCCAAUUCGCGCUCAGCUCCCGGGGACAUGGGAGCUCCUGGUCCCCAACGCCGGCAUCGCCUCCAUGCACACCGCCGUCACCCGAUUCAACACCGUCGUCCUCCUCGACCGCACCAACAUCGGACCUUCCCGCAAGCUCCUCCCAAAACCCCGCUGCCGAAUUGACCCACACGACGCCGUUCUGAAGCACGACUGCUACGCCCACUCCCUCGUCUUCCACCCGCAGACCAACCACCUCCGCCCCCUCAUGAUCCUCACCGACACCUGGUGCUCCUCCGGCCAGUUCCUCCCCGACGGCACCCUCCUCCAGACCGGCGGCGACCUCGACGGCUUCAAGAAGAUCCGCAAGUUCAAUCCCUGCGAUUGGGACGGCAAUUGCGACUGGGUCGAGCUCGACGACGCCGAAUUGUCCCACGGCCGCUGGUACGCCACCAAUCAGAUCCUCCCCGACGGCUCCGUCGCCAUCGUCGGCGGCAGGGCCGCCAAUUCGGUCGAGUUCUACCCGCCGCGUCAAAACGGCGCCGUUUCGUUCCCCUUCUUGGUCGAAACGGAGGACAAUCAGAUGGACAAUUUGUACCCUUACGUCCACCUCCUCCCCAACGGCCGUCUCUUCGUCUUCGCCAACAACAGAGCCGUCCUCUACGACCACGAUUCUAACGCCGUGAUCCGAAAUUACCCGCCGUUAGACGGCGGCCCGAGGAAUUACCCUUCCGCGGGGUCGAGCGCCAUGCUGGCGCUCGACGGGGAUCACUCCACGGCCGUCAUCGUCGUCUGCGGUGGGGCCCAGUACGGCGCGUUCAUCGAGAAGAGCACCGACACGCCGGCCCACGGAACCUGCGGCCGGAUCGUCGCCACGUCGCCCGACCCGGUCUGGCAGAUGGAGGACAUGCCGUUCGGCCGGAUCAUGGGCGAUAUGGUCAUGCUUCCAACCGGCGACGUUUUGAUUAUCAAUGGGGCCCAAUCGGGUACUCAAGGGUUCGAACUAGCUUCCAACCCUUGCCUCUAUCCGGUCCUCUACCGGCCCGACCAGCCGGUCGGGUUGCGGUUCAUGACCUUGACUCCAGGGACCGUGCCACGGUUGUACCAUUCCACUGCGAACCUGCUUCCCGACGGGCGGGUCCUGCUCGCGGGGAGCAACCCGCACUACGUGUACAGGUUCGAGGCCGUCGAGUUCCCGACCGAGCUGCGGAUCGAGGCGUUCUCGCCCGAGUAUUUGGCACCCGACCGAGCGAACCUGCGGCCCGUGAUCGAGGAGGUACCCGAGACGGUUCGGUACGGGGAGGUUUUCGAGAUAUCGGUUUCGGUUCAGUUGCCGGUCGUGGGGAUUAUUGAGGUUAAUAUGGCGAGCGCGCCGUUUGCGACUCACUCGUUCUCGCAGGGGCAGAGGUUGGUUAAGUUGACGGUGACGCCCAGCGUUCCCGUCGACGCCGGAAGGUACAGGAUCAGCUGUACGGCGCCGGCGAACGGGGCGGUGGCGCCGCCGAGUUACUAUAUGGUUUUCGCGGUGAAUCAGGGGGUGCCGAGUGUGGCGCGGUGGGUGCGGUUGAUUUCUUAG